UACGGUUGUUUCGAGUUCGAUUUAAAGAUGUCGUUGCCCCGCCCUAUUAUAAACAACGGAUUGUCGUACUCAAUUUUAUUUUUCACGAUUUUCAACGCAAUCGCGACGAACUUAUCAAUGCCAAUAUAAUUAGAAAAGAAAAAAAUUAAUGAACACCAUAUUUUCUUUCAUUAUACCAAAGGAAAUAAAAGGAAUUGUCCGCAGACAUAACAUGAAGAACAAAUAUGAACAAUUUUAUUUGGACAACAACUUGCACGUAUAAUUUAUUCAAAUAUUCAGAAACAUGUUUUGUUUCAAAAGUUCAAUACAUAACAUUGAAGAGGUUUUGGGGGAAUACCUAUAAACCAAAUUUUAACACACGUUAUGAGUAUUGCAUGAGUCAUGCACUUGUUUAGAUGUAAAGAUGAGUACUAUAAAGCAUAAGAUAUGUAUGGUCUCUGACUUUUUCUAUCCCAACAUGGGAGGGGUAGAAGAGCAUAUUUUUAAUUUGUCUCAAUGCCUGCUCGGUCAGGGACACAAAGUUGUAGUGCUUACCCAUUCGUAUGGUGACAGAAUCGGAGUACGUUAUAUGACGAAUGGUCUGAAAGUGUAUUAUAUACCGGUGAAGGUCUUCUACAAUCAAUGUGUUCUUCCAACUAUGAUCUGUUCCAUUCCUCUUAUUAGAUACAUUUUUAUAAGGGAGGAGAUUCAAAUAGUGCAUGGUCAUUCAGCAUUCUCUGCCCUCGCACACGAAGGGAUGUUAAUCGGUAGAUUAAUGGGAUUGAAAACCAUUUUUACAGAUCAUUCGCUGUUCGGUUUCGCCGACGCCUCCGCGAUCUUGACAAACAAAUUUUUAGAGAUAUCGUUAGCCGACUGUGAUCACUGUAUAUGUGUAUCACAUACGAGUAAAGAGAAUACUGUGUUAAGGGCUAAGGUACCGAAGGAGAAAAUUUUUGUUAUACCAAAUGCAGUGGACACCACGUUAUUUAUGCCAGAUGUUAGUAAACGGGACGAUAAUUUUAUUACAGUAGUCAUAGUAUCGCGACUAGUGUAUCGCAAAGGCGUCGAUUUAUUAGCUCGCAUUAUACCCGAUAUUUGUAGUCGACAUGAGGAUGUGCGGUUCUUGAUCGCUGGAGACGGUCCUAAAAGGUGGCUCAUCGAAGAGAUGCGAGAGAGAAACGUGUUGCAACACAGAGUCACGUUGCUGGGCAGCUUGGAGCAUUCUGAAAUCAGGCAUGUGUUGAAUAAGGGCCAUAUCUUUUUGAAUACUAGUCUCACGGAAGCUUAUUGUAUGGCAAUUGUUGAAGCCGCCUCCUGCGGUUUGCAAGUGGUCUCAACGAAAGUUGGCGGUAUACCCGAAGUAUUACCUCCCGAUUUAAUUUAUUUAGUAGAACCCACGGUGCCUGCACUCGUCGAAGGGCUGGAGACUGCAAUAGCAGAUUAUAGGAAAAAUAAUGUAAGAUGCCUUUUCGAAGCUAACAAGAGGAUAAGUCUAUUUUACAACUGGUUCAACAUAACCAGAAGGACUGAGAUAGUAUACAAUUUAGCAAGGCAAGAAAAGAGGAAGACUUUAGGCGAACAAUUGGCAAACUAUAUUCGCAGUGGGGUAUUGGUAUAUUUGCUGGUUGUGUCGUUGUGCUAUAUCAUUAUACAAAUUUUAGAAAUUCUCGUUCCAAGAAAGUGUUUUCCAGUACAUUGACAUUGCGAAAGACUACACAGAGAUGAACGUUAUACAUGCUCAUGGGGAUGGAAAAGAAGAUUAGCGGUUCAAAGACAGAAGUGAGUGUUGUACAUUCCUUUUCCCACCAAGACAGUUUCAACGAUUGAAUAAUAUCCAGCAUAAUUCUUUAUACCUCCUUUUAUAUCUUUUGCGUACGUAUAAAACCAAAACGAAAACAAAGAAACAAAAGAAAACACAGUGUCCAAAGUACAAAUACAAUUGUUAGCGAAAAUCGAAGUCGAUAAAAAGCAGUUUU